AUGGCACCCCCCGACGGCAGCAACAACGUGCCCUAUGCCGAAUAUCUCAAGCAAGUCAUGCAAAAGGGCCUUUUGGAAGGCCAGCUGCCCGCCGUCACAACCAAUCCAAACCUGCUCGAGGGCAUGGCCCGUAAUGCCAUGCCCAAAAAUGGCUUCGACUACAUCAAGGGCGGCGCCGGCGAGUCGGCGACCAUGGAUGCCAACCGCCUCGCCUUCCGCCAGUGGAAGCUCGUCCCCAGAGUGCUGACGCCAACCAAUCCCAGGGACCUUAGCGUGACCCUCUUUGGCAAGAAAUACGACACUCCCCUCCUCAUGGCCCCUGUCGGCGUUCAGUCCUUGUACCACGACGACAAGGAGGUCGGCACUGCCAAUGCUUGCGCUGCCCUUGGCGUUCCCUUUACCCUCAGCACCGCUUCCUCGACGGGCAUUGAGGAGCUUGUUCAGAAAAGCCCCGCCGGGCCCAAGUGGUUCCAGCUCUACUGGCCAACCGACGAGGACAUUACCGCUUCCCUCCUGCGCCGUGCCAAGGCCAAUGGGUACCAGACCCUCGUCAUCACCCUCGACACCUGGACUCUGGGGGAAAAGUUUGCCGAGCGCAGCCAUGGCGGGACGCCCGACCAUGGCUGGGAGCAUCUCAAGCUUCUUCGCAAGUGGUGGGAUGGGCCAAUCGUCCUCAAGGGCAUCAUGUGCGUCGAGGAUGCCGAGCUAGCCGUUCAGUACGGCAUGGACGGCGUCAUUGUCAGCAACCACGGAGGCAGGCAGCUCGACGGCGCAGUGGCGACGCUCGACGUGCUGCCAGACAUCGCAGACGCCGUGGGCGACAGGAUCACCGUCAUGUUCGACUCGGGCGUCCGAACGGGCGCCGACAUUGCCAAGGCACUGGCCCUCGGGGCAAAGGCCGUCUUUGUCGGCCGGCCGGUCGUCUACGGGCUGGGCAUCAACGGGACGGCGGGUGCGCAGGCGGUGCUGGCUGGCCUUUUGGCCGAUCUCGAUCUGGGCUUGGGAUUUGCUGGCAUCAAGAGAAUCUCGGAGCUGCAGCGUUCUCGGCUCCGGCGGGUGCGGCACCCGGGCGACGUCAAGUCCAACAUGUAA